CAAAUAAAACAUCUCUAUAUUACUAUUCCAAUUAUAUUAAAUGAUAACAAAACUAAAACUGAAGAACUUGAUAUUCAAAAUAUAAUUGAUGAUGAUUGGAGAAUAAGUAAUUCAGAAGAAAUCAACAUUCAAGAUGAAGAUGAUUUUAAUGAAGAAAAAAAUAAUAAUGAAAUAGUAGAACCUAUUGAAGAACAUGAAUUACAAUGA